GAUUCAGACGUCGAUUCGGCUGUGUCUGGUGCAAUGAUGGCGAAUUUCUAUAGUCAAGGGCAAGUAUGCAGUAAUGCUAGUAAGGUACUGGUACAUCGAUCGAUAGUCGAUGAGUUCGUCUCGAAGCUGCGCGAGAAGACGUCCGCUAUGCGCGUUGGGGAUCCGCUUGAGGAAGACACGAAAGUUGGCGCGCAUAUCUCACGACAACAUAUGGAAAAAGUCAAAAGUUAUAUUGAUGGUCAGUUUGUAAGUUCGUCGGGAAUAUAG